GCCACAGACAGACGACAAAUGAAGGCGCUGGCGCUCACAGACGACAAAUGAAGGUGGCGCUGGCGCUGGCGGCCGCCAUUUUACUUUCGUCGUGUUCGUGUUCGCGAGGGUCGUCGACCGUCGUUAUAAAAUAAAUUGUGAUCGUGCGUGUGAAUUUUGUGAAUAUUUUGUGCUUAACAAAAAAUUAUGUCAUCCCGCGGUCGGGGCUAUGGUGGGCGGGGUAGCUACAGUGGGCGUAGCAACUACCGGGGCUCGUAUCGCGGCAGCAACCGCGGCGGGUACGACGGCGGACGCGGCGGCCGGGGCGGCGGCUACUCGUCCUACAACAAUGACUCUAGAUACAACAGCAGCAGUAUCAAUCGAUAUUCAAGUCGCGACAGAAUGGAUGAUUCUUACAAAAAGCCUUAUAGAAUGGAAUCUACUAGUUAUUCAAAUCGGGACUAUGGUAGAUCAGGAUCUCCAGAACGCAAAAGGAUGAGAAUGGAGGGCUCAUCGAGUGACAGACGUAGUCACGAUGGCGGCGGGCAUUACGGUGGUUCGUAUAGCAGUAGACAGGACAGUUACGGGAGCGAGAGACGGUCCUUCGCCAGCGAGGACAGAAGGCGCUCGCCGGCUCGAGAGAGCUACCGCAAGCCGAGUGGCAUGGGCCCGCCGCGAGAGCCGCCGCGCAUGUCGGUGCGGCCGCGCGCGCCGCGUCGCUCGUUCCGCGGCCGCACGCUGCGCUCGCGCUCGUCCUACCGCGGCGCCAUCCGCUCGCGCGGCACCUUCUCCUCGCGCCGAUACGGAGAGCGCUCGCUAGGAUACACCCGAGCAUUUAGACCACUCAUAAAAGGGAGAAGCUCUAUAAAGUCAAAAGAUGAAGAUGAAGAUGCCUCUUCAACAGAAGAGGACUGGGAAGCAGAUGAGAAGGAAGAAGUAGUGGAAGAUAAGAAAGAAGCUAAAAUCAAGUCUCCCAAGGCUGAGGCGGAGGCGUCGGAGGGCGAGGGAGGCGAGGGCGGAGACGACACCGACAAGGAGCCCGACGUCGCGUCGGACACGGCGCCGCCGCGCUCCUCGCCUUACGUGCAUCUCUCCUGUGUACAUUGCAAAGAGAAAUGUCCCACAUUCUCUAUCUACGCGAAGCACUUGCUGUCGGGCAAGCACCGCACGGCCAUGAGCGGCGUGGCGCGGCGGCACAAGGCGCAGCUGCUGCGCAUGCGCAUCGCCCAGCGCGGGGCGCAGCGCGAGCUGGAGACGGCGGCGGGUGCGGAGCUGGCGGCGCGCACCACCUUCUGCCUGGUGUGCCGCCUCAACCACCGCACCACGCGCCACGCGCACAACCUGACGGACACGCACCGCGCCAUGAAGCGCUUCCUCAUGCCCUUCUGCCGCAUCUGCCGCAUCACCUUCCGCUCGCCCAUGAUCUACGAGCACCACAUCUGCUCCAUUGAGCACCUGAAGAAGAAGGCUCACCGCAGUGCUCGUCGCGCCAGUCCGAAGGCUGAAGCCGACGCCAGUGGUGACGAGGGCAUGGACGUGGACUUGGAUAACUUCAUGACGCUGGACUCCGUGGGCGAUGUCGAUGAGGUUGAAGAUGAUGACUCUUGUGGUGAAAAGAAAGAAGAAGCUGCUCCAAAGAAACCAAAAGUGGAGAUCAACAUUGGAAGCGAGCACAUUAAAAAGAUGGAGGUGUGGUGGUGCGAGCUGUGCCGCGUGUACUUGCCGCGCGCCGAGACGGGCAGCACGGAGGAGGCGGAGGCGCUGCGCCGCCACUGCCGGCUGCGCGGGCACCUGGGCCGCUACGUGCAGCACCGCGACACGCGCACGCUGCGCCGCCACGCCGAGCGCAUCCACCGCCAGCUGCACCAGCAGAAAGAAGAAGAGGAGAAAGAAGCUGCUGGAGAUGAAAAUACUGAAAGUAAAGUAAAAGUUGAGAAAGCUGAAUCAUCAGGUGAGAAGAAACAUUUGGAAAAUGGUGCUGAAGUGUCUGUGUCAGGCAGUGAAGAUAAACUCUGGGCUGAUGUGGACAAAGACAUAGGGGAACUACUCCGCGAAGUAGACCCACAAGGCAAUGAAGCUAGUGAUGAUGAAGAAGAUCUUGGCAGAUAUGACAAGUUUCGUAAAAGUGACAAGAAAUCAAAGAUUGGCGAUGGAGAAGAAGGAAAUACUAAAGUAGAAGACAAGGAGAAGAAUGAGAAAGUAAUAAAUUCUGAAACCAUUUCAUCUGCCUAAGAUUUCCAUUUUGUUAUAAAGUGUAAUGUGUUAUAAGUUCACUAAAAUAGUACAUACUAUUUCUUUUUAGUAGUUAUAUUUAAGACCUUAUGCAAUUAUUCGACUUUAGAUAAAAAUUAUAUUAUGCUAAAAUCAAAAUUAAAUAAA